AUGCAAUACGUAUUGCUUGGACCCCGAGUGAAUGGUGCCCUUUGUUCUCUUUGUCUGGGCUCUCAUAGAGACCAUCGUGCUAUUCAGAUAAGGAGAUCAUCAGAUCAUGAUGUGAUAAUGGUGUCUGAGAUUCAUAAAUAUUUGGACAUUACAGGCGCACAGACAUACAUAAUAAACAGUGCCAGAAUUGUGUUCUUGAAUGAAAGGCCUCAGCCUAGGCCUGGUAAAGGUGUCUCCAAUACCUGCCAAGUCUGUGAGCAUAGCCUCCUUGAUUCCUUCAGUUUCUGCUCACUUGGUUGCAAGAUUGUAGGGACAUCAAAGAAUUUCCGUAAGAGGAAAAUGUGCAUGGACACAGAUGGGUCAGACGCUGAAGGAUCAUUGAAUGGCAUUAGCAAUGGAUAUGUUAAAAGCAGAAUUCAAAGUUUUUCACCAUCAACACCACCUCCAACAGUGAAUUACAGAACUGCCAAGAGGAGGAAGGGAGUUCCACAUAGAUCUCCAAUGGGAGGCCUUAUUAUAGAAUACUAAGAAAGAAAAAUAGGGCUUUUUAAAUUACUUACCAAUAUACCUCUCUCAAAACACCACAAAUGUGUCACUGCUGCCUCUUAAAGUGGUACUCUAAGCAGUGUCUUUUUUUAUGUUAAUUAUGAAGUUACUGUAACAUCUCCAAUCAUCUUAACAUGUGAGCCUUAUAUGUUAAGUUAUUGAUCUCCAAUCAUCUUAACCUUUUGCAAGCAUCUUAACAUCUUAUCAUAAAUUUAUUGACCAAAGAAAAGGGGAAUAAAAAGAUAUUGAGUGAUUUAACAUUAACAAAAGUUAUAAGAGGUUUAACUUAACCCAAACUUUAUAUGUUUGAUGGUUGGUUCUAUGUAACAUGUGUGUCACAAUUGGCAUCUUAUUUUUGGUAGAAUAUAAUAUUUUGCAUAUAAUGUUAAAUUUAAAAUAACUUAAAAUUAAUUUAAAGAUUUUAUAAAUGAUAUAGCUAUAAAAUUUUUGUUUAUAUUGAUAUUUCACAAUUAUAUAGAGUAUAAGAAGACACUAUAAUAUAAAGGUGGAUUUUUUUUUUUUUUAAAUGCACCAGUAAAGAGAUAUUGAAUAUAGUCUAAUAUUAAAAAAUGUUGUACCGUAUGAACUCCUAUGUACGGGUUUAGAUGUGUGUCAAAAAUGUGCAUCCUGAUCUCACCAUGACACAAUGCAAAUCAUAUUACCUUUUAGACUCAUCUACCAAUCAAUUCAAUUGAUGCCCCCAUUGCAAACGCGGUAUAACAGACAUGACACAUGAAGAUAAGAGUAAGCAUGAACAUGAACAGAAUCCAUGCACCCAGCGCAUGAGAAAAUGAAAAUUAAGAGCAACUUAAUUAAAUUAUUUGAGACCUUCUAUUGUGGUAGCCAAAAAGGUCUUUCAAUAUUUCUAUAUGAUAGAUAGCGAGCAUCUACAUUAAAUCAGCUCAAAAAUCAACAAGAGUAGUAAUAAUGAUAAACAAAAUGAUGCUUCAAACAGAAUCUACUUUGGAUCAAAAGGUUAUUCAUUGGUAUGGGCAGUAAUACACGGCAUUGCUAGCUGCAUGAAAAAUGUUGCACUGUUGGAUUUUUUUUUUUUUUCUUUUACUUGUUUAUUAUACUAAAUUAAUUUAUCUUAUAUAAUAAUAGUAAAAAUACCGACCAAGAAAUUAAUGUGAAACAGUUAAUGAGAUUCGACAUGAAGCUAAAAUGAAACGAUUAUUAAAAGGAAUCUCAUUUCAAGAGAGAUUGAAACUAAAAUUAUUUGUAGUUCUGGAACCCACAGACCUUUUCCCUCUCUAGCAGUUAAUGUUCUUUACAUGACUCCAAGCUUCUAAUCUUUUGUUCCGAUGAAAACAACACUCUUUCCCUAGUUGUCAUGGCAUAUUUAUAUAUCUUUUUUUUUAUAUGACCAUAUCUUAUAAACUAAGUUUAUGUUCUCUUAGAUUUUCAUCUCAUACUUUUUUUUUAAUGUUCUUUACAUGACUCCAAGCUUCUAAUCUUUUGUUCCGAUGAAAACAACACUCUUUCCCUAGUUGUCAUGGCAUAUUUAUAUAUCUUUUUUUUUAUAUGACCAUAUCUUAUAAACUAAGUUUAUGUUCUCUUAGAUUUUCAUCUCAUACUUUU